AUGUCUCGAAACGUUCUCAUUAUCGGCGCAACACGCGGCCUGGGUGCCUCGCUGGCCACACACUACGCAUCUUUGCCAACAACAUCCACCGUAUACGCAACAACACGCUCCAGUCGCUUCCCCUCUUCUUCAAAUAGCAAUAAUAACGGAAACAGCAGCGCGCCCAAUCAUGACAAAAUCCGCUGGCUCGUAAACAUCGACAUCUCCCAACCCGACAUUGGCGAUACACUGGUCACCCAACUCGUCCCGGACAAAGUCUCUCUCGACACCGUGAUCGUAUCCGCUGGCUACUUUGGUUUUGAGUCCUUUGAUCAGCCGGAUUGGGAAAAGCAAAUUCGCAUGUAUACCACAUCGGCUGUAGGGCCCGUGUUUGCCGUUCAAGCGCUCGUUAAAGCAUCGUUGGUUGGCAGCAGCGGUAGCAAGAUUAUAUUGGUCUCGUCUGAAAGCGGCAGUAUCGCAUUGCGCCAUGAGAAAGAAGGCGGAGGUAACUAUGGGCAUCAUGCGAGUAAAGCGGCGCUGAAUAUGGUCGGGAAAUUGCUUUCGUUGGAUUUGAAGGAUAAGGGUAUUGCCGUAGGGCUGGUGCAUCCGGGAUUCAUGAGGACGGAAAUGACGCGUAGUGUUGGGUUUGAUAAGUACUGGGAUGAUGGUGGUGCUGUCACGCCGGACGACGCAGCGAAGUCAUUGGUAGAUUUCAUCGAGAAGGACUUUGAUAUAACCAAGACGGGCACAUACUGGGCUCCGAGGGGACCAAGGGAUAUUGGGACCGCUGAACCUGUACUCGGGAAAGGCCUCCCUACUCCAUUGCAGUUACCAUGGUAA